AUGGUACCGCUGGAGGAGGGACGUCAAGACCCCGGCAUAGACGUCGGCACCUCGACGGUGCCUGCCGAUGAAGUUGGUCAUGUGCCGUUCAUGCCUUCACCAACGCCGUCGCGGUGCCCGUCCGAAGUGUUCGCGCCCAUCUCGGUUGACGCCUGCGUUGGCACUGCCAUUAUCGGCUGCGCAAACCAACUGACCUCGACGGCGAUCCAGGUGUUCGUGCCCUUUAUCCUGGCCGGCUUCGGCUCCACCUUAGCUGGCAUCCUGCUCGACGUGGUCAAGGACUGGCCGGUGUACGUCACAGUGCACCAAAUAUUCGUGCUCAUUCCACCCUUGCUGGGACUCAACGGGAACCUGGAGCAGACCCUGGUCGCGAGGCUUAGCACCCAGGCAAAUUUGGGCAACCUGAACAGGGUUCGCGAGCAACUGCCCAUGAUAUUUGCCAACGUCGCCCUCUUGCAGUGCCAGUCGACAGUGGCGACAUUCUUGGCAUGCACACUCGCCGUCCUGAAGGGUCUGGCGAUCGACGGUCUCUGGGACCCUUCCCACAUCGCUGUCCUCUACGGUGGAGCGCUGGCCGCUGUCAACACUGCCAGUCUCUUUCUCAGCUUCGUGAUGUCCACCGUAGUGGUGAUAUCCACCAAGUGCGAAAAAAACCCGGACAACAUCGCACCGGCUAUUGCGGCAUCCUUCGGCGAUUUGACCACGCUGUUCCUGCUCUCUGGUUACUCGUCUUUCCUGCUAUACAAUCCGUACCUGGCGCCGCUGGUGGUCUUGUUGUGCUUGCUUCCGCUGCCAAUGUGGAUAGUUCUGGCCCGGCGCAACAGCGUGUCUCGAGAGGUGCUGCGUGUCGGAUGGCUUCCCAUUGUUGUCGCACUGACGGUCUCCAGCUUCGGUGGGUACAUCCUGGACUACGCGGUCAUCGCCUAUCCGCCAAUCGCUCUGCACCUGUCUGCCGUAAAUGCGCUGGGCGGCAACCUGGCGGCCGUGUUUAGCUGCAGCUUGUCCAGCUACCUGAACCGGCUGACGCCGUUAGGAGACAUACCAUUCGGGGAACGCCUCUGCGUGGGCCCCUUGCAGAUGUAUACCAGGGGGGAGAUGGCCAACGUGGCCUACGUGCUCGUCGGCGUCGUGGUGCCCGGCCAGACGCUGUUCGCCGUGCUCUCCAGGAUUCUGCGCUUCGGAAAGGUCUCCAUGACCAUCACGUUCUUCGCAGCCUACAUUGGCGCAUCUCUCGCGCAGGUGCUGGUCUUGCUGUACCUAGCGCGCCUCAUCGUGUACCGCCUCUGGAGCUGGGGCGUCGACCCGGACAACGCGGCCAUCCCGUGCCUGACGGGCUGCGGUGACUUCCUGGGCACGGGAUUUCUCACGAUGGCCUACGCGUUACUCUACUACAUGGGUGACAAGUCGUCCAUUCGCGAAGAAGAGCUGCCCUCCCACGUACGCGUGACCACUCAUCUCACUGCGCAUGCGUCGACUUCUACGAUAGGUUACAACGCCACCAUGGCCUAGCGAUGCCAAGGAUUUUGUGCCAAGCAGUGUGGACCAGCUGCCGUUGGAACGUUCAACGCCCCUGGUGUGCUUUUAUAUGUGACCACAGGCCAACUUUCUUGUGUCUUACUGUUUGCUGUAAUUUUAUAACGUUUAGCCUAUCUUCAUUCCGUCAGUGGCAUCUCGCAAAUGAAGUACCGUUCUUGCCCAUCAUGUUUAUGUGUUACUCUCUGCAUUUAGUGGAGCUUUACAUCGACAACGAAAGUAGUAUAUAUUACCAAACAAGGCAUCCUGGUGAGCAUUGGGCGAAUUAGAUGUGUUAUUCGUGCGAGAUUUCGGAUAUCAAAAUUCCUUACUGACAUUUUUUUUUUCAUUUUUACGUGCGAUGGUGCAAUCUGUGAGCACUAUCCACUGAUGGAUGUAAAUCUUUAUAUGACUUCUUGAGAUGCAUACCAUUUGUGGAAAGCUACAAUUGUCGAGGACGAUAGCAACAGUAUCAAAGGUAUGACGAAAAGUUGUUUUUUUAUGAAUUCGUGGUGCAUAAGACAAUGUCAUUAAAUAUCACAGCUUCAUAAAGCACUGCCCCGAUAUCAGUUCAAGUUACUGAGGGAAACAUCAAGGACUCAGAAAGGGUGAGCUCCAUCAGGAAAAGCAAUUUCUACGUACCAGUUAACCGUUAUCUGGAUGAACGAGAAUUGUAUGUUUCACUGCUUUCUAAAAUAUUUCAGUCGUAGCUAAUUUAUGUGAAUUGGUACUCACCGCACGACGCCACUACCUAUAUAAAUAAAGAUCAAGCAUAAAAAAAUCACACACUCAGUGAACGAGGUGAUUACCGCGUAAAACAUCUCUACCUUUUUAAUUUCACUGUAGUUAUCAUGGAACCAAUAUAUUUUUGUGUCGCUGUGGUGAUGUAACGCUGUGGACUUAUGAAUUAACGAAAAGCUAGCUGUAUAUUUCAGGGAGCGCACGAU